AUGGCCACCCCGCCUCCCGACCGCCAGGUCGCGGACGGCGAAGCAAUCGAAAAAGCAGUCGAAGCGAUCCGCCAAAGAUGGGACGCAACCGUAUCCCACACCUCCUCCACCUGGCAGCGCAUCUACACCGAAAUCCGCGACAAAGUCAACGACCCCAAGGGAUCCCUCGACGACGUCCUGAAAGAAUACUUCCUCCCAUCGCCGGAGCGCGACCUCCUCCUCCCCGCCACGGCGCCCAAGUACCUCGUCAAGAUGCAGGAGGACAACACGCGGCGGUUCAUGACUCUCAUGGCGACCCGGUUCAGGAACGUCAAGAUCGAUUUGCCCUUCAAGCUGACCAUGGCGUACUUCGGCUUGCCCGUCGAGCCUCUCAACCCGGAGCUGUUCUCGUGCUUGGAUGAGGACGUUACGAUGGUGGAUUGUGCGGGUCUUACGGCGUAUGAUACGAGGCCACCUUUGCAUUUUUUGACGGGCCAUGAGACGCGGAAUUGGGGUUUGGACCCUUUACACGGCAGUGAGGCCGAAUACAUCUAUGCGCCCGUCCCGGAACAAUACGUGGUCAUCCCGACCGAUCGGAUCGAAGGGACCGGAGAAGGAGAAAGCACGCCCUUAAAGGGCACACCGAAAAUCAAAGUCCCCUUGCUCACUCCCAUAUCGCCCGAUGACGAAGAUAAAAGCGCCCGCGGAAGGCUCCGAGGCGGCGCUGGAUCCGACACUGAAUCUAACCUUUUCUCCGACUCCGACGACGCCAGGGACAAGGACAAGGGCAAGGGCAAGGGCAAGGGCAAGGGUAAGAACAACGACUCCGACAGUGAUCAAACAACCGGCAUCCUCGUCAAAGGCCGCCACGCAAGGAUCCUCGACGCCCCCUUCGCAAAAGACAAAGACAUCCAAGCAGCCAGCGCCUCCGGCCCGUGGCUCUGGAUGUGCGGCUACCAAGGCGGCUAUCCCUUCAUCGGCGGCAAUGGCGAGUCCCUGGCCGUGGCCAUCCGAGCCCUCCUAUCCCUCACGGGGAAACAAGCCCAAAAGAACGUCGUCGUCAGCAGGUUCAGCGUCGCCGAUAAGCGGUGGAUGGAGCACAUCGACGUAUCCCUCCCCCUGAGAGCCGACAGCAAACUCUACAAGGCCAUCACCGCCCACACAAUCGCGUACAACCUCCGGGACCACACCGACUGCUGCGCCUGGUUCGUCCGCCUACAUACCGAUGCCGAACCGCCCGCCCACGCCUUCGAGCCCGGAGUGUUCGACAGUCUGUGGCAGAUCGUUGUGCUACAGGCCACGCGCGCUGUCCCCGGAGCUCCCAGGGAGCCUGAGGCGUACUUCGCCCUCAGGCAUGACGUGGGUCCCGUCCUCGGGAAGGCGUGCGCCCGGAGCAGCUACGCCCUGUUUAUUCGCUCGGCCAUGCAGCUUCUGCAGGGCGGGUAUCUCUCCCCCGGGGACGGCCACACCGGGGUGGCCGUCUCCGACGGCAUCGAAGUCAAGCUAGCUGAUGCGAUGACCAACUAUGGCGGAAUUUCAAUGCCAGGAAAACUAUUUUCGAAGCUGUACAGGCGAUCUCUUGGGUCCCCUGGUAACGCUUCGGGCCCUCGCAACGAGUGGCAAGUCCAAAUCGACAGCCUACAAGAAAACGAAAUCGUUUUCUGGAUGCCCGGAUACGAGUCCAGGGAGAAAAGGGAGUACGAAGUCCUCAAGGUGGAGGGUGAUCGCCCGUACCAAAACGCAUGGCGCAUCGUCAACCUAGUCCUCGCUAGAUACUUCUCCCUCAAAAGGCUCAGGGUCCUCAAGCCCAACGUCGCUUUCUGGAGCGGCUGGCAGGUCUGGAACUCGAGAACGCCCUUCGAUCCCGCAAAGGGCCCUGCGUUCCAGGUCCAGGUCGGCGGGCUAGAGAGGAACCCGGACAACGAAGAACUCAUCACGCCGGCUUGGGCGCCGGAGAUUGAGAAGAUGCUCGGCGAUGCGCUCCGGAACUCGCGCGAGCGCAUCUUCGUCUUGCAGCCCAUCUUCAAGAAGUACAUUUUGUACGGGUCGUGGAACAAGGAACCGCCCAAUGAUGAAGGUGGAGAAGAGGAUCUGGCGAAGUAUCCUUGCGUGGAGAUGGAACCGACGGCGUCGAUGGAGGACCUUUGGGGGCUCAUCGAUAAAUUGGUCGACAACACGAAGAAUCCAGAAGGGGAGCCAAAGACGCCCGAAGAUUGGUCCAAUAUUUGGGUGGAACUCAGAAGCUUGCCCCUUUGGAAGUACCAAAUGACCUAUGGAAGCGUUGUCAUCUCCAUGUCGACUACGAAUGAAGAAUUCGAUCUGCUGCGGUUGCAUCUGAUCGGACCCUACAUUAGUGUUACGCUCCAUGAUAACCCCAUUAUAGACUAUUCCACCACCAUUCAACCUCCUGCUACCGAGUGGGGUCAGCGAUACGGGCUCAUCAGUCUCCUCGGCUGCGGUGACAGGGAAACGGCCGCCGCCGCCAUCGCUCCGAAACCACAAGGAGUCGAGGAAAGUGAAGAAGACGCAGGCGCAGACGCAGACGGCGAAGACGAAGGCGACGGGCGGUUCAAUACGAAAGGCAGGCCCAAGAGGGGAGCCUUGGACCCGCGAGACUACAGAGAGAGCUUGUGGGCGAGACAACCCAGCUUCUUCGACAGCGGACCCCAGCCCCGAGUCCCCCGCGGAGGAGCCCCCGUUGAGAGCCUCCUUCGCGUCGGCGGUCCCAACGUACCCCAAGUCAGCAGGGCGGUCUUGACGCCGACGGAACAGCGGAAGCUCCAGGAGGCGUUUUACGCCAUGCGCAACACGAAGCUCAACCGAAUCAUCAAGUGCCACUACGACAAGUGCGAGUUCACCUGCCGCGUGGACCACGAGGCCGUCAUGAGGAAGCACUUGAAGAAGGAACACGUCGUCGAGAAGUGCCCCUGGUGUACCGUGCUGUUCCCUCCGUACUGGACGCAGGAGAGGCGCGAGAAGCACAUUUUCAAAAAGCACGCCUCCCGCGUGACGAAAUCGAAAACGGCAGACGCCAAGACCGCCCGCGAUAAGGAUGGCGAUGUCCAGAUGCAGACCCAAGAGGACAGGGACAGGGAGGCGCGAGGCCUCGACGCGCACUGGGUCCAGCCCGUAAUGCACCCCAAGGAGCCACCCCCCGCGCCGGUCAAGGUCGCCUCGAAAUCGGAGACAAAAUACGUCUUCUGCGACCGCUGCGGAAGGGAGCACGCCAAGUUCGACCACAUCCGCGACCGCAUCGUGCACGACGCCAUCUGCGUGCCGGGAGCCCGAGCCGUGGGAUUGUUCACGUGGUGCGGCGCGUGCGGAGAAAAAUCCUGGGACACGGGCGAGGCAGCCAACAAGUUCGGCGAGGGCGAUAAAUUCCCUCAUAGGUGCAAGGUGGAUACGGAGAUUCAGAAAUUCUGCCACAAGUGCGGAUUCAGGGGCGACGACCCGACACCCGUCGCCCCCGCAACCGCCGCCUCCGCCGCUCCCGCUACUGGGGGGGACGGGACCGUGGACAACCCCGAGGCCGAACCCAAGAGCUAUCUUACGAGACAUAUCGACGCUUGCCAGGGCUUCAAGGGAAAGCUGGCUGCUGUCUGCCCGUACUGCGGCUAUAAAAUGUCGGCCAUCGUCGACUGGAAGAUCAAGCAGACGCACAUCGUCGAGUGUGCCAGGCACAACGGCGUGGAGCCCAUCGUUACGCCUUUCAACCUGUACCCGGAAAAGUACUACGACAAUAAGCCGUCCGGACCCGAUCCGGCCCAGGACCGCUUCUACUCGGGAUGGAAUACCGGCAAAGGCUACGUGCCUCCCGGGCGGGACAAGACGCUUUGGGAACUCGCCGUCGGGACUGUUGACAGGAACAAGCCUGAUGCGGGGCCGCGGACGAUGAAGAAGUUGCUCGAGGAGAUUCAAAGGGAGCAGGGGAUUCCGCCGGGGGUGGUACUUACUACGAAACAGCAGUACCAGCUCUUUCAGGACUGGGCCCGAAAGAGCUUUCCGGGGCAGUGGGAUCCCACGGACCUUGGGCUACCUGAGGAGAAGAAUAGUGCCGGUCGAGGCGGUGGUGACAAAGGCGAUGGUGACAAAGGUGAUGGUGGCUCAGGCGGUGGUGGUGGUCCGGGGGGUGGAGGUUCGGUAGGCCGAAAUCCGGAAGAACCAACGAGUGAGGACGAGGAAGAACGAAGGAGAAAAGAGGAGAAAGAACGAAAGCAACAAGAAGAGGAGGAAAGAGCGUGGGAGAAAAGGGAAGAGGAGCGAAGGGAACGAAGGGAACUCAAAGAAAACAUCGAGUCGGUGAGUGACGACGAGCAGGAGAAAGCUGCCAAGCGCAUGAGGCGAGAAAAGCACGCAGAAGAACGAGCGAAACGGGUCGAGGCGGAAGACGCCCCGGAAGCGAACGUGGGCCUCAAGCAGUUCAAGUCGCGCUUCAACAGUCUAAAUCGGGAUUUCGACGAAUCCCAAGGAUAUCCGUGGACGGGCUUUCCGUGGGACAGAGUGAUAUAUGUCGCCGAUGACCGCCCGGUGCUAUCCUGUCCUCUCGACGCCGAGUGCGGUCCUGUCGACAAUCGCAACCGUAGGCUUCACCCCAUGCAGGCCUUGAUGUCGCAUAUCCUGGUCCAUCACGGAAUUGACUACAGAAAGCCUUAUGUUCAUGAAGCACACACCAUCAGACUGGCGACUCUGGAUCACGAGGGAUGGGAGAGCCCCGAAAACUCGGAUGAGGAAGGAAGUGUAGACUCACGGAACGAAUUAUAUGGGUUACGCGUUCGUGAGCAAUACUACCGACGCCGCGAGAGGUCGCCGGACUGGAAUAAGGUACUGCCUCCACCGCCUGUAGAUUGGAAGCCGACUGCGAAGAUGCGCUGCACUAGAUGUUUGCGCAAGAGAGCAGCAGUUAAUGCAAGGGCGGAUUACCCAGCAAACGAGACCCAGUUCGGUUUCCAUGGCAUCGCCGCUCACCGAAGUUGUGAGACUCGCUAUGGACCCGGAGUAAGCGUCUGGGGCGAAAUCGGGCUUCCCAAUAGAAGCGGUUGGAUCGACGAGGCAGAGUUCAGAAGGACUAGGAUGACCUUGAAGGAAUUGAAAAUUCACUUUAAAGAAAAGUAUCCAAUGUAUUCCGGCACGAUAUACCCGGGGACAGGCACAGGAACGUCCAAUAGUUGGGCGUACGACCCAAACAGCGAGGUUUUCUCGACUUAUUGGCCCCUAGUUUGGCCGCCGUUUGAAGGCGAUGUCCCACAGGAUCUUGCGACAGCGCCGAUUCUGCAUCACGAUAAUUAUGACUACUGGACAGACGUAUCUGAGCCGGAGAAGGACGACGACGACAAAGAUGGUGACGGUGGAGGAGGCGGGGCAGGGGCUGUGGCCGCAACUAUCACGGUCGACGGUAUGGAUGAGUGCAGCGACCGCUCAACAGAGGUUACUUGUGGUGAAGUUGGCAGUGCAGGCGAUGAUGUGGGAACGGAAACUGCGAGUAGGAAGCGCAAGAGAAUUUCCGAUGAGGACGAGUCGGAAGAGACAGGAGACGAGGAGAGUGGAGAAGAUGAGAAGAUUGAAGGUAGCGACGUAGGAACGGCAGCUGCCGCGAUUGAUGAUGUGGCUACGGAAACUGCAAACAGAAAGCGCAAGAGAACGUUUGUUGAGGCGAUGGGCGACAAAUGCGGACCGUGGGCGGAGACGGAAAAGGUGUACUCGGAGAAUCUUGAGCCAGGCCCGGAUGGCGUGCGCCGGGACAACUCGGGUCCGGUGCGGAGGAAUCUGGAGAGGCUUGCGUCGCCCCAAAAUCCGAGCGGGACAGGCCUUCUCCCAAGAGACUCCAUCACCGUCGAUCCGGAGUGGAGGCCAGCGAAGAGAGUCAGGUUCGCGACGGAGUUCGCCGAGCCUCCGGCGGCUGAGGAUCCAGGUCACGCCGGAACGGCUGAGUCGGAUACAGACAGCAUGGGUUGCAGCCAACCAACCACGGAGGCGGACUCUGGUGAAGAUUGA